AUGGGUUCCCUGCUGAUGCCGCUGCUGGGCAGCGUGGCGGCCAAGGCCGGCGACAUGCUGGUGGGCGAGCUUCUUCGGGCGUGGGGGUUGGACAAGGCCCGCCGGAAGCUCGAACGCCACCUCGCCGCCGUCCAGUGCAUUCUGCUCGACGCCGACGCAAAGAGCCGCACCAACCCUGCAGUCCACCAGUGGGUCAAGGACCUUAAGGCCGCCGCCUACCAGGCGGACGACCUCCUCGAUGGCUUCCGCUACGAGGCGCUACGCCGCCGUGCCGCCGAGAUCCGCCGCCGCCACCGCUGCUCUAGAGCAGGCAAGGUGUUGAGCUACUUCACUGCCAAUAGCCCGGUUGUUUUCCGUCUCUCCAUGAGCAGGAAGAUGAAGGACGCCCUUGAAAUCAUAGAUGAACUGGUUGUGGAGAUGAACAAAUUUCAAUUCCUGCAACAUAAGGAGUCACCAAGCGUUGAUCAUCCACAGACACACUCUCAUGUCGAUGAAUCAGAGAUUGUGGGUAGGCAAGAUGACAAGGAACAAGUGGUGAAGAUAUUGCUCGACCACUCCAACAACAAUAAUGAUAAUAGUAAUGUCAUGGUGCUCCCCAUAAUUGGUAUGGGGGGAAUCGGUAAGACCACCCUUGCUCAACUUGUGCACAAUGAACAAAGGGUGAAGCUUCAUUUUGAGUUGGUCUUAUGGGCAUGUGUCUCUGACAAGUUCGUUAUCGAAGAAAUAGUCCGAUCUAUAAUAGAAGUUGCCACGAUGAAGAAGUGUGAAUUGACCCAUAUGGAGGCACUACAGAAGAAACUUUGUGAAGUGUUGGGCAAAAAAAAGUAUCUCCUAGUGAUGGAUGAUGUUUGGAAUGAAGAUAGACACAAGUGGGAUGAUAUGAGAUCAUUACUAAACUCACAGGCCGGCUCAGGUAGUGCUAUAAUUGUGACAAGCCGCAGCGAUCAAGUUGCCUCUAUCAUGGGAACGCUUCCUCCACAUCGCAUAUCUCUUCUGAAUGAGGAUCGGUCAUGGGAGCUUUUUCAGAGAAACACAUUUCAAAGGGAAGCAGAAAAGCAAGAGGAAUUGAUUUCAAUCGCAAAGAACAUUGUCCACAAGUGUAAGGGAUUGCCUCCUGCUAUCAAGACCAUAGCCGCUUUACUUCGUUCGAAGCAUCACAGUCAGUGGUUUUCUGUUCUGGAUAGUGAUGUCUGGAAAGAUGAAAUCCUCACAUCUACUGCUAUUGUACCUGCACUACAGCUGAGCUAUGAUCACUUGUCAUCCGAAGAAAAAAUAUGCUUCUCCUUCUGUGCUCUUUUCCCAAGGAUAGCCUGAUGGACAAAGACAUGUUAAUCCAGCUAUGGAUGGCUAAUGAUUUUAUUGCAUCAGAAACAAGAGGCCAACACAUUUUCGAUGUGCUAGUUUGGAGAUGUUUCCUCCAGGAUGUCCAAAUUAAAGAGGGUGUCUUCAUCUACCAACCAACUACUUGCAGAAUGCAUGAUCUCAUGCAUGAUCUUGCUGGCUCCGUAGGCAAAAAUGAUUGCUCCAAUCUACAAGAAUCUU